AUGUGCUUCAGGAACAGCCAAACAAUCGAUGAUCCCACCCAGCCACCGGUACGCGCCACCAAUGCAUGGAGCCGCAAGACCCACGAUCCCACGCAACAGCCCAUCCACAUCACCGAGUCCAACGAGGCUCAUAUGAGCGAGGUGCAAAGCCCAGGCAUGAAAGAGCGCAAGGGAAGCCACAAGGACCGUCCAGCUUUUGUCGAUGUAACCGAUAAAGAGUUCAGCCCCGUGAUAAGAAAACUGUUCAGCGUGGAACCAGAGGCAGCGCGCCCCCUGCCAAAAAAGAGCGUGGAGAAGAAAUAUCGGAGUAAGAACUCGGGCGCGUCCACUUAUGCCUAUGGUGCUGCUAUGGGAGCAGAUUUCGCAGCCAGUGCCAUGUGA